CGAUCACCUGAGUUUAACCAAGAUGAGCUUCAGGAUCCCACCCACACCGCGGCUCGCCGAAUACGCUCGCCGCCCGGCGUACGACAUCCGGUGGUACAAUAUAGGGCCCAGCGCCCAUUUCACGGUAAUUGUCUGGAACAACGCGAGCAUGGUUGAUAUGGACGAUGAGCCGGCGCGGGCUCUGGAUGCCGAGUUCCGUCGCCAACGCGCGGAGAACCCGGGCAGCCAGCCGCUGCACGGCGCCGUCUGGUGUGGGAAUCGGAUCCGACUCUACCGGGAGCUCAUGAGUUGGGCCAUCGGGGAGGAUCGACCGGUGCGCCAUACGAUCGUGGUCCCCGCGAGUCGGCGGCUGUUCCUGGACCAGCCGGAAGAUGCUGGUCUGUUCCGCGACUGGUACCGAACCAUUCCGCCCAACGUCGAACACGCUGACGUUGCUCGCUUCCUCAGGGAAUACCCCGUGAGUGCGCCGCAGCGUGGUGGUAGUGGUGGUCGUAAUGCAAGCAGGCCCAACGAGCACUACACAAAUGGGAACGGGGAUUACUUCCCCGCCGAGCAGAAUGGUUCAUACGACAGGUAUUUCCUCUAG